CUGACGCCUCCCCCGGUCGGCGCGGCCAUGGCGGCGCGGCGGCGGUAAAGGGAGGCGGGUAUGGCGGGGCCCGGCGGGGCCCCUCCGCGCCUGGCUCUGGUCCUCGCCGUUUUGGCAGCGUUGGUCGCCGUUAAGUACUACCGGGACGCUGAAGUAGCUCGUCAGCAGGAGCUGGCACUGAAGUCUUUGGGAAGUGAGGGGCUUUUUCUCUUUUCUUCUCUGGACACAAACAACGAUCUGUACCUCAGUCCAGAAGAGUUCAAGCCGAUAGCUGAGAAGCUGACGGGGGUUGCUCCCAUCUCAGAAUUUGAAGAGGAAGAAACGCCUGAUCCAAGCGGGGAGACGUUGUCCAUUGUGGCUAAAUUCCAGCCUUUGGUCAUGGAAACAAUGACGAAGAGCAAAGAUGGUUUCUUGGGAAUUUCUCACGUCGCUCUGUCUGGGCUGAGGAAUUGGACUGCCCCAGCAGCCCCUAUGAGCGUGAUGCUUGCCAGGCAGUUUAAAGCCUUCCUUCCUCCAAAGAAUAAACUGGAUCUUGGGGAUCCGUGGUGGAUAAUUCCUAGCGAAUUGAACAUCUUCACUGGGUAUCUUUCCAACAACAGAUUUUACCCUCCGCCUCCCAAGGGCAAAGAGAUCAUAAUCCACAGGCUUUUGAGCAUGUUCCACCCACGCCCCUUCGUCAAAACCCGCUUUGCUCCCCAAGGAGCAGUGGCCUGCAUCCAAGCCAUCAGCACCUUCUACUAUACCAUAGCAUUCAGAAUCCACGCUGAGUUCCAGCUGAACGAGCCACCAGACUUCCCUUUCUGGUUUUCCCCAGGCCAGUUCACAGGUCACAUCAUCCUCUCCAAGGAUGCUUCCCAUGUCAGAGAGUUUAAGCUCUUUGUUCCCAACAACAGGUCUCUGAAUGUUGAUAUGGAGUGGCUGUAUGGGGCGAGCGAAAGCAGCAACAUGGAAGUGGAUAUCGGUUACCUGCCUCAGAUGGAGCUGGAGUCAACAGGGCCUUCAAUCCCCUCUGUGAUCCAUGACGAGAACGGAAAUGUGAUUGACAGCAGGGAUCCCUCAGGGGAGCCCAUUCAGUUUGUGUUCGAAGAGAUAACCUGGCAGCAGGAAAUCCCCUGGGAAGAGGCAGCCCAGAAGCUGGAAGUGGCAAUGUAUCCAUUUAAGAAGGUCUCCUAUCUUCCCUUCACACAAGCUUUUGAGAGAGCAAAAGCAGAAAAGAAGCUGGUGCACUCGAUCCUGCUGUGGGGUGCCCUGGACGACCAGUCCUGCUGAGGUUCAGGGCGAACUCUCCGGGAGACGGUCCUGGAAAGUUCGCCCAUCCUCGCCCUGCUGAACGAGAGCUUCAUUAGCAGCUGGUCGCUGGUGAAGGAGCUGGAAGAGCUGCAGACCAACAGAGAGAAUGAGUUCUACAGCAAGCUGGCUGACCUGCACCUGGAGAAAUACAACUUCCCCGUAGAGAUGAUCAUCUGCCUUCCCAACGGCACGGUGGUUCACCAUAUCAAUGCCAACUACUUCCUGGACAUUACUUCUAUGAAGCCCGAAGAUGUUGAAAGUAGCAUCUUUAGUUUCUCCACCAAUUUUGAAGACCCUUCUACUGCAACUUACCUCCAGUUCUUGAAGGAAGGACUGCAAAGAGCAAAACCAUACCUGCAGACCUAAAAACAAAGGCACCUGUAUGCCCCACAGAGAUGGCCAAAGACUUCAGAGAUCUAUUUUGAUUACAGCAAUUCUUCCUCAUCUUCAUGGCAGACAUUGAUGUUAAGAUGCAGACAGUCCCAGAACUGGGGCUUUGCUCAGGAUGUCGGUUUGAGGCUAAGUUUCAAGUGACACUAGUUUACAUAACCUGCCCUUUUGAGUUAAGGCAAAUUUUUACAGGAGCGAAAAUACUUGAAUCUAUAAAUAUUCUCGGUGCAUACGCCUUGGUCUGCCAUUCACCCUCAUGUAUUUCCAGCUCCUGUUCAGACUCUGUGGUGAAACUCAUGUAACAGCUAUACCAAGCGUCACCUGGAAACCCCAGAUCUCAAGGACUGGACUGUGUGUAGAAUCACGGAGAACAAGCAUUGCUAUUACGACCAAACACUCGUGGUGAGCGCCUGUGCCCUGUGGGCGAAGGUGCAGAAUCCAGCACAGGUGGGAAGCUCCUUCAUGGUAGCCGGUGGCUUCCACAGCUCCUCGCCAGUGGCAGCUCUGAGCUGUAAGGUGCCCUGUGGCUUGGACGCCAGCUCUUCAUGAUGGCAUUUGUUGACAGCAGUGGCGAGCAAUGUGUAAUGGGACUGUAGCUGGUAACAUGUAGACGUGAACGUAGGCGGUUUGAACCAGAGGCUGGAGCUGUGGAGCAGCCUCCUCAGCACCCUGUGUGAGAUGGUGGGAGAGCAGUCUCACUUAGGUUCUGUGCACCUGAGGGAGGUGGUGAGGCUGACACAGUGAAAUUAGGAACAGAGACCAGGGCAUUAGGGGUAUGGUGCAGCUCACAGACAUCAGGCAUGGAUUAACUCGGGGGCCAGAGCUUCUGUUAGCUCCACCAGCGCAGUACAUGCACUCCAGGCUACGGGACAUGGUGCCCCUCCCACUCAGCCCAGGGCUGUUCUCACCCCACUGGCUUUGAGAGCUUUGUUCUCCCAGUGUCUCCUCAGAGGCGAAAUACUCCGUCCAUGUUUGCUUUGAGCUUCCAAGUCACACUGAACGACGAACCGGGAUGAAGUUCCCUUUGGGAACGGGACGUUCAGUGUUGCUCUGAGAGCAUUAACUGGUUGAGAACUGAGCAGUUCUAAAGCCAGCAGUACUAAAGAAAUCUUCAGGAGAUUUUUCCAAAGAAAUCGGACAGAACACCAUUGUCCCUUAUCUGUAACCACCCUGAGCAGUUGCUCCUAUUCUGUACCAAUGCCUGGCUACAGAGUGAGCAUAAAUUGGAGAAGGAAAGGUUAAAUGAAAUGGGUUUCAAAGCAUAUACCUGUAGGUAGGUGAGGAGACAAAGCAUCCUCAAUAGAUGGCUGCAAACAGCCAUGGCUGUUGAUGCUUUUUUGCUCUCUGAAGCACAAUUUUGUUGGACCAAAUCAAACGGGGGGGAAAAACCUUUUUUUUUUUUUUUGGAAGGGGUAUUUUCAUACCUGGGAGGGACCCAGGGGCGGUGAUUACCUUGUCCCCACUCUGCCCCAGCCCUCCUGCCUGUGUCCGUGGCUGGAGACUGAGCUUAGAUGGACCUCUGGGCUGAGCCAGUGUAGCUUCACUAAUUGCUGUAGUGAGAUUAAUUACCCCUGGGAUGUUUCUCAGUAUCGGCUUUAUAACUAUGCAUUAGCUCUGCACUUUUCUAGCACUCCAAGGGCCUACAGUAAUGAUAGGCUCAGAUCUGGCAGCGCUUUCAGCUGUGGAAAGCACCAAAGCCUCCAGGCAGCGUUCGAGACCAGGCUCCUGUCACAGCAGCGGUCUCGUCCCUUCAGGGGACUUUGGCCCAAGCAGAGAACGGCAGAGGAGACCGAGUGCCUGCCUCCCCCAGCUCCUCGGGCGGCACAGCUGUAGGGUACAUCUGCCCUUCUGGCUUUUACAAAGCUUCAUGUGAGGAAGUUUUGUUGCAUCUUCCCUGAGCCCCUGGGUCAGGGGCUACGGAUGUGGAAGUUGGCACCUGUCAGUUGUGCUUGGGUGGAGAGUUCCUUCCAUUUGUUUUCCUUUCCACCAGUUUUGCAGCAGAAAGGGGCCAGAGAGGGCAGUGGCUGAGCAGGCAGGGAUUGCUGUUGUCUUCUCAAGGCCCGGACAAACAGGCAGAGCAGGAGCUCUGCAUCGCCGGGGCAGCCCUGCGGCCUUCUGCAGGUGGGGAGUUGCGAGGGGCAGUGUCGCUGACCCUGCAGAUCCCAGCAGAGCCAGUGCCUGCGACAGGCCCGUGCACACACAGGGCCCCUGCCUGAACCUGCGCUGAGCCCAGGCUCCCACGAAGGCUUUGGGAUCCCUGAAAAUACCUUGGUUUUCCCUCUAGGAACUGCCGGUCCCCUGCAGCUCUGCCCAGAGCCACCUCUGAGCGCUCCUGGGGUGAAGGGGGUUCGGCUGAAGGAGUCUCCCCAGGCUGGAGUGGCGUGGGGGGACUCGACUGCGUCCCCCCGUUAACUCAUUAACUGCAAACCUGCCUAAUUGAUCUGUCGCUGCCCAUUCGCUGCCGUGGGAGAGGCUUUUAUUAAUACGCGCCAAGCUUUUUGUCGCCUAUUUGUAACCUCACGAAGUUUUUUCGAUAGGUUUGUGAUACCUCGGGGGGAAGGCGCUGCUUUUCCCCACCUCCUGUACUUCGUGACGCUCUGGCCUGAAACCCGCAGCGGGUCAGAGCCGAUGUCUGUCAGCGAGGCUCGGGGGGAAGCAGCCCCGCGCGGUUCGGUGCCGUUUGCCGUGACGGGCCGCCGGGCCCGGCUGUAGCUGCACUCGUUAAACCCGUCCCACCACC